ACUUCUUACGAUCUACGAGGAAGACGACGACGCCUCUAUCUUCCUCACGUAAACCUGUAUUUUCUACUGUGGUAACACAAUUUUGAUACUGUUAUAUCUCGGAGGAUGCCACAUGCUCUGUAGAAUUGCAUACGUAAUUAAUUAGGCCUGGUGUUUGACGAUUAAAGUUGGGCACUUUUUAGAUCAAUGAAAAGUAUGUACCGCAGUGGCUUUUUCAAGAAGUCAAACGAUAAUGGGAGAAUUGUUAUAAGUGCAAUCAUGGGGAUGAUCUUUGGAUAUUUCAUUGGUGUUUCUUUUCCAUAUUUUUCUUUUACAAAGAUUUCCUCACAUUCAAGCAUUCAUUCUUCAUUUGAUGUCACAAUGCACGAGGAGUCUAAAGCUCACGAACGCAGUUUUCCGGACAAUCUUGGUUCUUCUAAUACACCUGAACUACCUAAGAUUUAUGUUCCAACGAAUCCCCAUGGAGCAGAGUCAUUACCGCCAGCAAUUGUAGUUUCAGAGACUGAUUUUUAUUUAAGAAGAUUAUGGGGUGAACCUUCUGAGGAUUUGAAGAAGAAGCCAAGGUAUUUGGUAACUUUAACUGUUGGAUGGGAUCAGAGGAAUAAUAUUGAUGCAGCAGUAAAAAAGUUUUCCGAUGAUUUUCAAAUCAUGCUUUUUCACUAUGAUGGUCGAACAACAGAAUGGGAUCAAUAUGAAUGGUCAAAGCAAGCAAUUCAUAUCAGCGUCAGGAAGCAAAGCAAAUGGUGGUAUGCAAAGAGGUUUUUGCAUCCAGAUAUUGUAGCAGCUUAUGAUUUCAUUUUUGUUUGGGAUGAAGAUCUUGGUGUUGAGCACUUUAAUGGGGACAAGUACAUGCAGUUAGUUAAGAAACACCGUUUGGAGAUUUCUCAACCUGGCCUUGAACCCAAUGAGGGAUUAACAUGGGAAAUGACAAAGAGGAGAGGUGAUAGAGAAGUUCACAAGUUUACAGAUGAGAAACCAGGAUGGUGCAGUGAUCCGCAUCUGCCUCCAUGCGCAGCAUUUGUGGAGAUUAUGGCUCCUGUGUUCUCUCGGGAUGCUUGGCGAUGUGUGUGGUAUAUGAUCCAGAAUGAUUUGGUGCAUGGAUGGGGUUUGGAUUUUGCACUUAGAAGAUGCGUAGAGCCUGCAUAUGAAAAAAUUGGCGUGGUUGAUUCACAAUGGAUCGUGCAUCAACAUAUCCCUUCACUGGGGGGCCAGGGCGAGUAUGAGAAAGGGAAAGCUCCUUGGGAAGGGGUAAAAGAGAGAUGCAAAAGUGAAUGGGCUCUAUUCCAAGAUCGACUUGUGAAUGCAGAUAAAGCAUACUUGAAGCAAAACGGAACUAAACUUUGACAUAUGCAUUUAGGCAGGUUUUGUACGCACAUUGCUUUGCUUUGUCUUAAAGCCCGUUUGGCUUCUCCUCAUCCGCGUCUCAGGAGUUGGUCAUUUGGAUCCUGGACUGGACCUCUCUCCUGGUGAUUUCUUGUCCGCGGUUUAUAGCCAAACAUUUUUUGUACAAUAGGCAUGAUAAGUAGCUUUUGUGCAUAGUUAUAAAUACCAAAUGUUCGAUUAAGCAGGUAUCAUCUGAUUGUUGCGUGAUCAUUGUAUAUAUGCCCUCAACAAAUAUCACAACUUACAUGGACUUGAAACAUCUUAAC